AUGCCCAUGAAGCUGCCCAAGAGCUUUCAACGACGCAAGUCUUCCGGAAACAUCCUGGAAGACGUGGAGACACGCCCGCAGUCCUCUUUCAGGGUCUUCGAACGUCCGGGGCCUCAUAGAUCGAUGACAGAGGGCGCUCCGCUCACCAAACGCAUGAGCGAGGGUAAUGUAGUGCCAUCCAUGUUGGAAGAUGACAAUAUCUUCGCGGGUACCGAGCAGCCCCUGGACAAGAACCGGUAUGAUGAACACCCUCACGCUCGACCUUUGGACUCCCUGAGAAUGCGUCUGACCCGGAAACACCAUAGUGGUGCAACAUACGAGAGUUCGACGUCCACUCGUCUGAGCUCGUCGUCUACCCUUCCUUCCUCCACAGAAAUCCCAUCCGACGACACCGCAUCCCCGCAUUCACGAAUCCACGAUAUCCCCGUGCCACCUCCACUUUCCGGAGCCCUACGCGCCGCCGCUGGUAGAACCUUCUCCUUCGGUGGUCGAUUCAGUAAGAAUUCGAACUCGGGGCCUCCGCCUCCUCCCCGUCAUGCAACGCCGCCGGAGGAGACGAGGCAACGGACGGUGUCGGGAAGUACCAACGAUACAGCGACUCCGCCAAAACUUCCAGAUUCGCACUGGGAUCUAGGGGCAGGGUCGGACGAUUUUGGAAAGAUGUUCGACCAAAUAGGAAAAAGGGAUAGCGCCAUGUUGCGGGACCCCUCCCCUCAACCUCAACGACCUAAUCAGUACUCCUCUUCUCCACCUACGCAAGCCCUUCCAGAGUUUCAAGCCAGCAGGAAUGCACGACCCCCGCCUAUUAGUACAGACCGCUCAGUUCCCGUCGAGCCCUCCCCUUACUCAUGGGACAGUCGUCAUUCGAGGCAUCAUUCCCAGGAAGGCCUUCUUAAUGAUCAAGAUGCCGGUAGAGGAAGGGAUACCGGUUCGCCAGCUCAAUCCUCCGUCGACACCGUGACUGGAUUUCGCAGGCAAUCACCCGGCCCCAACCAAGCCCUCGGUGCUACCACAUCCCAUCGUGCCCUCGAACGCCCCAAUAGAAGACAGUCCAAUUUCUCGAAUUUGCGCCGGAGUGGAGUAUACUCUUACGGAGGGGACGCUAGCCCGAUUGAAGACGAAGACGCCAACCUGGUCAGAAAAUCUCUGCUCUGGACCGAAGGUGGUCCUUCACCCAACGCAACACCUUAUCUCGACAAAGGCAAGGCGGCUAGUGCUAGUCCUAGCUACCUAGACCAGGAGCCAGAAUCGAUGUUCUCAGGUCGCGAAUCCCCCGAUCCAACUAUUGCAGACCAUGGCCGUUUGGCCGUUCAGUUCGCUGAAAGCGUGCCCAAGAGAAGUUCCCCGGGAAACAAGGUCAUGACCCCAUCCCAAUUCGAACAUUACCGCCAACAGCAAGAACUGCGUCGUUCCAAUAGCAACGCGACGAAGAGUGAUGAUGAAUAUGUCAAUGAUGAAUUCGAUGACGAGGAAGAUGAGGCCGAGAAGCAGCGCGAGACGGAGCGACAGCGCAGGAAGCAGGAGGCCCAUCUCUCUGUAUACCGCCAACAGAUGAUGAAGGUGACAGGUCAGAAAAGUCCUUCACCGUCACUUCGCCCCGAGAUGAGCGGUGCAAGCAGCAGCACCCCCAAUCUCAAUUCAAACCGCCUUUCCCACCUGGGUGACAAAUCCUCCAGCGGCAAAAGCACCGAGGAAGAUGACGACGAAGUCCCGCUUGGUAUCCUGGCCGCCCACGGGUUCCCUAAUCGUAACAGACCACCCACUCGUCUGAACAAUGCCAGCUCUAACCCGAACCUUCGCGCCUCAUUGCAGCCGUCUUAUGCGUCGUCUGCUCACUCCAUGCACGGUGCCGACCCUUAUAAUAGAAACAACUUGCCGGCGUUUGCACGCAACCUGCCGCCAGAGCCCUACGUGGGCGCUGGUCUCAGCUCUGUAUAUGGAGGUGCAUCCUCUCCAGCACCUCCUCCUGGAGGUCUGAUUAACGUGAUUGCCAAUGAGGAGAGGGCUCGAGCCGCCAGGAGAGGUAGCCCGAACACUCAGGCAAUGUUCGAUCCGAUGGGUGGAAUGGGAGGUGGUAUCCCUCGUCCUUAUUCGAUGAUGCCUCAACAGCAGAGUCAAAUCACCCAAUCAGAGCAAGCCCAGUUGAACCUCUCCAACCAGAUGUCGCAGAUGGUGCAGAUGCAAAUGGACUUCAUGCGGAACAUGAUGGCCAUGCAAGGCGGACAAGGCACUCCGCCACCAAUGAUGCCGGGCAUGCAAAUGCCUCCCGGUAUGGGUAUGCCAGGUAUGCCAAUGCCAGGUAUGCCCACCGGUCCCCCAUCAAUCAGCGGAGGUCGACCCGUCUCCAUGCCAAACGCAGCCGGCGGCGCCCAGCCAAACUUCGACCAACGAACCCUCGGCCUACUCGAUCCCAACAACAUCGCCAAUCGCCGCGGUUCUCCCAUGCCCAAUAUGUCCGGGUACCCAUUCCCCAACAAUAAUCCAGGCUACGCCGCCUCCAUUGCUCCGUCAGAGCGCAGCAACGCAGGUCUCGCAUCCCGCUACCGCCCCGUCUCUGUCAUUAAUAAUGAGAACGAACGGCCCGGAACCUCACCGCAUCUGAAAAUCUGGAACGAUGAAAAUCACCUCUCCCCCAUGUCCGCGUCUCGCCCACACUCCAGCCUCGCGAAGUCCACGACCAUGGCUACCGUCACCGUGCGACCUGUCUCACAAGCGGGCCAGUCUCCGUCGGGCCGUCAUCAAGCUCAGUCCGGCUCAGGGGAUGAAAAUGAGGACGAGGGUUGGGCUGAUAUGAUGAAGAAACGUGAUAAAAAGAAGAAUAGCUGGAAGAUGAAGAGGGCUACUUCUUCCUUUGGCGAUUUAUUGGGUGCUGUGCAUUGA